AAAUGUCCUUUUAAAGUUUUCUGGAUAAGAAUAAAUGCAUAUAAUAAAUGCUUUUCCUAAUGCAAAACAAAAAUAUUUUUGCUUUCCAAUAAAAGAUGAUAUCUAGCUUUUAAAAAAUAAGGGGGGGGGGAGAAGAAUGAUUAUGGAAGUAGACUAGUGCCACCAGAAUUUGAAUUUGAAAUGUAAAGUGAAAUAGGAUUUAGUAGCCAGUUGAAUUUUAGACAGCGAAUUGCAGCAACUAUUGAAAAUGUGAUCACUUUAAAUUCCAAAUUCAAAUCCCGGUGGCACUAAUCUACUUCCAUAAUGCUUGACUGCAGCAUUCCCGCGAUCCCUGUGAGGAUCAGCGGCUUGGACAAUGGAUGAAUGUUUUUGGCCAGUGACGAUUUGUGACGCAUUUACAUCAACGUUCACAACAAAAACUGUGAAGUAACACAACGGUACUCCGUGUGACGCACUGACGCAGUGCUGUUGUAUCGCCGCAAAGUGCAUUGGAAACGAACACCUCGGUCAAAAUGUAAAAUAUGAAACGGCGAGGUGGGUAUUUCGAGUCUGCUCUCGAGUCCCCGUGAGCUUGGCGUUGUGCACCUUUAUGAUGGGGCGCCUCUUAGUGACGACACAGAGGUACUGCGCCCACGGUGUGCAAGUGCUGCUGCCAUGACGACAGACAAAACCCGCACUCGGGAUGACCGAGUGACAACAGAUCGCUGGUAAACUCCACCAAGUCACUGUUUUGUUUUGUCCCUUCCCCACUCGACAGGUUGUCGGCAACAAAUGGAGGGCUCGGUGCUGUUGCCGGUGGAGGCGGAGGCUUUCGUUGAAAGUUUGGAGAUCUUUGCGCUCAAAGACGUGGGCUCGACCGGGUGGUUCAGACAGCAUGAGCACAUUGAGAAGCUCAACAUGCAAGCAAUACUGAGUGCUUCCGCCACACUGGAUGAGUACAUCAAGGAGAUGCUGGUGUCUCAUGGAAAGAUCUCGGUUCUGGUGCAUGAAAUGAUCCUGACGGAAGUGUGGAAGCAAAAAAUUUUCCCCAUCUUAUGCCAGCUGCAGGACUUCACGCCAAAGAACACGUUUCCGCUUUACAUGGUGAUCCACCACGAGGCCACCAUCAUCAACUUGCUGGAGACUGUCAUGUUUCACAAGGACUCGUGCGACGCCAGCGACGACGCCAUCCUUGAUUUGGUGGAUUACUGCCAUCGGAAGCUGGUCCUGCUGGCCGCCAACACCGACAGGGACGGCAACGGUGCUCGCAACACGCAAAAGGCGGCCGGCGAGGCGGUUUUGUCCUCUAAAGAGGAGUUGCAGAUUCAAGCUGCCGAGCUGGAGUUCAACAUCUCCCUGAAGGCUUUGUCUGUACUGCGCUACAUCACUGACCACACUGACAGCAUCAGUGCCAUUAACCGGCUGCUGUGCACACACAACAUGCCUUGUUUACUGGUGCGCCUGAUUGAGUCCUGCCCGUGGAGCCGCUGCACAGCAGCAGGCGACAUGGAGAAGUACAUCAAUGGCAAAUGGCAGAAGAUCCCAGCGGAAGACCACCUGAAGAUGACCAAACUGGACGGGCAGGUCUGGAUUUCGCUGCACAAUCUGCUCCUCAAGGAAGACUGUCAACGGAAAUAUGACUUCAACAGUUUUAACAAGAGUCAGCUUCUAAAGCUGCGCAGUUUCCUGACCGAGGUGUUGAUCGACCAGCUGCCCAACUUGGCGGACCUCCAGCGGGUCCUGGCUCAUCUCGCCGUGACAGACCCUGAACCUCCGAAGAAGGAACUCGUUUUAGAGCAGAUUCCCGAAAUGUGGAACCACAUCGUGAGGGAGAAUUCCGAUAAAUGGAAGGCCAUCGCCAAGUACCAAGUCAAAGAAACAUUUAACGCCUCUGAAAAGGACCUGAGGCUGCAGGCGCAGAGGUUGGCGCAGACGUACAAUUUGGACAUGCUGGAGAAUUUGCUCCCCGAGAAACCAAAGUGUGGCUGUUGCGGGAGAGAGGCUGCGAAGAGAUGCUCCCGAUGCCAAGGGGAGUGGUACUGUCACAGGGAAUGUCAGGUGAAACAUUGGCCUAAACACAAGAAGGCCUGUCAGCUCAUGAUGGAGGCCAACAGGAAGAUCCAGGCUGACCUGGGCAAUAACAACAAAGACAGAUGAACUCAGAGGAGAGUUUCAUUUCAAUUUUCAUGUGAUUUCAACAAAUCCCCAUUUAGUUUAAUAAACUGCUUCCUCUGUCCAGGAAGAAAUGUGCAAGUUCAUUCUAUUUUUUUUUUUUUUUUUAAUACGCACAUUCAUCGCUCAGGCAAAACAUAAAGUACUCUUGCACAAAAGAAAGAACUGGAUCACAAAUUGUCUUACCGUGGGGAACAUGAGCCGUGUAUGGAGGUCCGUUUGUGUCCGUCCGUGUUUAGCAGAAAAAUACAUUUAUACUCAUGUGUUUGAAAUAAAACGACCAAGAUUUGGCUUUA